AUGAAGCAGCCGCAUCAUAUUCUUUUCCAGGAAAAAUGGGAGAUCGAUAAGUUGCCGUUCGACGAUAUCGACGUUAAUAUCAACGGAAUCCCUGGCCAAGACAAUAGUCUCCAGGAGUUCUUGUCGUCGGGAGAGGAACAAGACAAUGAUCUGAAUAUUAUCAACGGCGCCAACCCGAUGUUCAACUCGUCUUAUUCAAACAGAAUGCGCCAGAAACAUAAGAAACUCAAUUGGAAAGAUCUCGGACUCGCAGAACUGCUCAGUGCCAACGAGUCAGUGCAAGACCACACCAUCUUGUCCAGACCCCAAUUCCCUCCUCAACAGGACCAGCCGUCCCAAUCGCCGCAUGAAACCAUCAUGGAAGAAGACCCCAUUUUGGACGAGAUCGCAGAGUCCACAGACCCACAAGUGGAAGAAUUCGCUACACCAGUGGUUGCUAAUCGUACACUUCUUAGUAAUCUAUACUCCAGACAUCGCAAACCCAGAAAACCGUCCAUCGAGUACCAAACGCCGCAAUCUCACGCAAGAAUCAUCAGAUAG